AUGGGGUCCCAAGAACCACACUGGAUAGCUCCUCUAGUUGAAGGAUGUCUUUCUACCUUCUGCGACGGAGGGUCGGUGGGGCCUAACAUCGAAAAUAAUGGCCAAACCCUCCGUUUCACAAUCCGGUCUCCGCAGUACGCUUUGAUCAACAAUGUGACCGAAGGCGAAAGACCUGUGCCAAAUCUCACUGACUCGAAGACGCAAAUCGAUGCCAGCUUGUCUCAGGACUCCCUCGACCUAUACCGAAAGCAAUCUCCCGAUAAACCGCUUAACAAAGAUGUGAAGGGCAGCACCAUUGUACUAUAUGACUUCGACGUGGUCUUCGACUACGCCAGCUCCCAGCCCAGUGCCCAUCUUUACGUCAAGAGUUUCGCGAUCGCUUGGGAGAGAGGCAGAUUCAAAGGACCACCACUGGGCAGAAAACUGAAGAAGCAUCCAUCUACAGCACAUGCGAUCGGAAAAGCUUUGGCGAAAUUGAGGGAGCCGGCUCCCAAAUCCGCCUGCAGGGAAACAUUGAACCACCAUAUAUCACAGCCUAAUGAAACGCCCUAUAAACUUCCUACGCAACAUUUUACGCAAUCUCAAACCCAGGCGCAAACCCAGGCACCUCUGAUACUGGACUCUGAGUUUGAGCACAUUGAUCAUCAUCUCAGUCAUGGUGGGCCGUCGACGGACAGCUUGCUAGGGUAUCUGGCACCUGGUACAACUGCAAUCGGGAAUACCGGGGACCUCAAUAUCGCACAAUCAGCGAACGGACAGACUCUUGAUCAAAAGGGUACUGAAGAUGAGAUCAGUAGCCAACCUUGCUCUCAACCCGAAAUCUCGGGAUACACUAGUCCGAGUCCUGCACACGACUUACAUCAUUCAGCGCCGCCAAUCUCUCCACCUGAAUCAACGCGCCCACUUGCGCAACCUCAUGCGCAGCCAGGAGGCGAACAUGUCAUCCUUGGAGAAGAUGAAGAAAUGGAAAAGGACAUCAAGCCAGGAGCAAAGACAGCUGUUGAAAAAGAGCCCUCUGACACACCAGUAACGCAACCCGCCGGACAAAGCCAUACUGAACACUCUACGGAACAAACUCCACGCUCGAAUCAGAAGACUAACAUCACAGCACAAAUAGCUAGGCUUGAGCCAGAUCAGACGCAGGCCGACCCCUGGAGUGGAAUGCGAUGGAUUCGCAAGUCAGACAUCACGGUACCAAGUAACCAACAACAAUUCUUUGAACGAGAAGCGCGUAUAUGGGUCCCUCCUCCUCUUGGAGAGGAACUACCCCGAGCAUGUGUGCCUCCAGCGCUGUUGUCUCAGUGGAAUCGCAUCGCCCUGAAAAGGGCUCGCUCUAGCGCAGAGAAGCAACCCACACCUGUACCGACACAGGACAUGUCACCAGAACCCGCUGAGCAUAGCUCUGUCACUCCGGAGCUAAGCCCAACCCCAGACGAUGGAACUCCGCUUCCAUGGGAUCGAAGUCCGUCUGCGCAUUUAACUAGUCGCCGAGCCCUUCCCGACGACAGUAGCCCUGUUAGGCCAAGGCCGAAGCAGAUGUCUCCGAAAAUGCAGGUACGAGAACCUAGAACGCAGGUAGACGGGUCGCAGACGGAUGCACCUGUCGAAUCCCCGACCACAAAACCCGCAAAGAUGGAUGAUAGUCGUGUAGUUCCUGGCUUUUCGUUGGAGAAGGAUCCCAUCGAGGGACAUGAAAGCGGUGCGGAUGGCUUUGCUCCUGAUCAGACCGGUGAAAGGGCUUCCAGUGCGACUCGUCAACCCGAAUCUGAUGACGAGAGCGAGGAUUCGGUGAUGGACACCUCUGUUCCCUGUCCACUUGUCGGUUCCUCCCAAGCAUAUCUUGCCAGCCAGUCGGACCAAGGAGUCAGCAGCUCUGGUCCUUCUCUCCCGGCGGCGCCAUUACAAGAGCGAGUACAAGUCACAGAGACCCCCGCGCCCAACCACCGUCAUCGUAUUCACUUGAUGGAGCAGGCCAAGGACGAUCGAAAGGAACAUCACGGCCCAUUGCCCGCGGAGAGCAAAUCUUCGUCGCAAUCACGUAUCUUCAACACGUACGCGACCCAUGACAGUGCACAGACAGGCACACGGAAUACACCACAAGCCUCCCAGGCCGAUGGCGACAGUCAGCACAUCGAUAUCAUGGGAACACAAUUGAGUAACGUGGCCUGGUCUACGCAGGAUCGGCUGCCAAUCUCGUCUUCCGCGAUACCAAACUCCACGUACCAGUCAGACGCUUCAUCGAAGCCCUUUUCGUCUCAUGACGAGAUGAUCUCGUCCAUUGAGGCGGAUGAGAAAAUUCCGACCGCGUUCGACGGCUCCGCGCCUGAUAUAAGCAUGCAAAGUAUGGCCCCGUCGCCAUUGAAACGGCCAGCCUCUGGCGAAGCCCCGCCUACUGCAAAGCGCCAGAGACCAAGCAAGGACAGUUCACGGAGGCGGGAGUCAACCCUACCCACCGUCGACAUCGUCUCGCGUCGAGAGAGCUAUAUCAGUCACACUGACGACUGCGCGGAGGCCCAGAGAGUGUUUGAAAAGUUUCGAAAUGACUAUCCGAGCUAUGUGGGAGACUUUGCGCACUUCACGGAGUUGUGCUCCAAGCUCCACGCUCUCCGCUCGCGGGGAUGCCUGACGAGAUCGUUCUUGUGGGACGACUUCAUCAUCAAGCAUUUGGAGGUCUACACGCCGUAUCGUGAAGAACAUCUCUCAACGGAGACCAAGGUCCCUCCAUACGAAGAUUUCUUUCUGUCCAACUACAGCAAGCCGUCGUACAAGAAGCGAAGCCUUACAGCUGGUGGGAUCGAAAAGGCUACAUCACAAUACAUCUCCGCUACCACCUCCAGGAAUGCGAUGGAUACGUCGCCGCUUCGCAAUGAAGCAAACACUCCAUUCACCGGCAGUCUCGAAAAGGCUACAUCGCAAUACGUCUCCGCUAGCGCCUCGAACAGCGUGAUGGAUACAUCGCCGCUACGCAAAGAAGCAAGCACUUCAUUCACCGGCAGCCUUGUAGCCAAGUUCUCCGAAUUUCAUGCGCACUCCCUCGGCCCUGAACCUCCAAGCACGGCAUCUAAUCACGAUGCGGACCGCAUGUCCGUCUCCAAGUCCUCUCCCGUUCCACAAGACGAGCCCUCCCAGCGGACUCCGGCGGUUCGAGAAGACAGCCCCGAUUCCGACAACGAACUGUUUGUCAGGGCAGACUCCCCAGACACCCCCGUUCCCCCGCCGGCCAACCCCAGCCACGAACAGCGCGGCCCCGGUCCUGUCAUCCCGGAAACAGAAAGCGAAAGGGACACCGAGAGCGAGAGCGAAAGUGAAGACGAACACGAAAGCAACGAGGACGUCGACAUGAUGGACGAAACCCACGAGACCGCUAGUCUCGAACUCGGCGAGGGAGAAGAGUCUGACAGCGAGAACGAAAACUGGUUCGUCUCGCUCAGGCAUAUUCGCGACCCCGGCGAGGGGUGGUGGGACGAUCCGAACACUCCUCUGAAAAAAUGGGCAAGGGAGGAUCAGAAUGUCCGGAGCGAGCGUGUGUUUCGCCGUGGCUGGGCUCAGAUGCCCGUUGACGAGAAAGGAGUCAUUCAACCGUGGCUGUUGGGGUUGAAAUGA